AUGUACCUUGUGGUAUUUACUGCAGUUGCUGGUAUGGUUACUGCACCAGGAUCUGCAGGUGCUAUAAAUAUGUGGUAUGACAGAGACAUAGAUCUGCUCAUGAAAAGGACAAAAAACCGCUCUAUACCCUCAGGCAGAGUUCUUGCAGAAAGUGCGCUUGAAUUUGGUAUAACUCUUGGAAUAUUGUCAGUAUUUAUCAUGGCAAUAGCAAAUAUCGUUAUCGGUGGUGCAGCGGGUGCUUUUCCUCCAAUGAUUGGCUGGGCAGCUAUGACUAAUUCUUUAAAGAUGAGCAAAAAGGAAGUGAUAAUAUACACGGAUGGGGCGUGUUCUGGUAAUCCUGGAGCGGGAGGAUGGGCAGCUAUCAUAUUAUUUCAAGAUUAUAGAAAGGACAUUUAUGGUAGAGAAGAAAACACCACAAACAAUAAAAUGGAGUUAACAGCAGUGGUCAAUGGGCUAAAAGCGUUAAAAUUUUCUUGUAAUAUUAAUUUAUAUACGGAUAGUCUUUAUAUUAAGCAUGGCAUAACAGAGUGGAUAAAUAAGUGGAAAGUGAAUGGCUGGAAAACAAGUAAUAAAAAAUCAGUAAAAAAUAUGGAAUUGUGGAAAGAGCUAGACAACGUUGCUUCACAACAUGAAAUUGAUUGGAAGUGGGUUAAAGCACACAGUGGCAAUAAAUAUAAUGAGGAGGCUGAUAGUUUAGCAAGAAAAGCAAUAAUCGAUGCUUAA